UUAGUAAAUUGUUAAAAAUAUACAAUUCACAAAAACAAGUUUAGUUACACAAGAAAUCAUGUUAUAGUCAAUGAAUUAUUUAUUCUUGAUUUCUAUUUUUUAACAUACUACAGUAUUUUAUAUUUUGUGGGAUUUCCAUGACGUAUGAAUCACGAUUAGGCCAAGAUUCGUUUUGACUUUUGUUGCAAUAAAGGAAACAUCUGCUAAAUAAAUGUGCAAUAAAGAAUUUAUAAUAUUAAAAUGUGUACAAGACCGAUAACGUUUUUCAGCCAGUGGAGGUUAUGGAUUCGUCCUUUUUUUAUAGCAAGUUAUGUUUUGUUGGUCAUAAUACUUGUACCACUGCUUAUAAUCCAUUCAAUUAACAAUGGAUUUACUAAAUCCGACCAAGGUACUUUAGUAGGAGGAGGUUUUGUUCUUCUGGCGGUCCCUAUCUCUAUAUGGCAAAUCACCCAACAUAUUGUACACUAUACUAAGCCAUCAUUGCAAAAACAUAUAAUAAGGAUACUAUGGAUGGUUCCCAUUUAUGCUCUAAAUGCAUGGAUAGGCUUAGAGUUUCCCGAGCAAUCAAUUUACAUGGAUUCAUUGAGAGAAUGCUAUGAGGCAUAUGUGAUUUAUAACUUCAUGAAGUACCUUCUUAAUUAUUUGAAUGCAGAUAAUGACCUGGAAGCAGUGCUGGAAACAAAACCACAAGUGUAUCAUAUAUUUCCACUCUGUUGUAUGACUCCAUGGGAUAUGGGGAGUGAAUUUGUACACAAUUGCAAACAUGGUAUACUUCAAUAUACAUUAGUGAGGCCAGUUACAACUGUUAUAUCAAUGAUAUGCGACCUCUGUGGAGUUUAUGGAGAGAGUGACUUCAGUCCCAAUGUGGCUUUCCCCUACAUGAUAGCUAUCAAUAAUUUGUCUCAGUUUGUAGCUAUGUAUUGCUUGGUGCUCUUUUAUAAAGCAAACAGAUCCGAGUUGAAACCAAUGAAACCUAUUGGGAAAUUUCUGUGUAUAAAGGCUGUUGUCUUCUUUUCAUUCUUUCAAGGAGUUCUUAUCAAUAUUUUGGUAUACUGCGGAGUGAUAUCAACAAUAUUUGAUAUUUCGGACAAAGAUAAAAUAAAGAUUAUAUCUUCCAAGUUACAGGAUUUCCUUAUAUGCAUAGAGAUGUUUUUAGCGGCCAUUGCACACCACUAUAGUUUCUCCUAUAAGCCGUUUGUGUCACCACUUGACCCGUCGCCCUCAUGCCUUGGCUCAUUCCUGGCUAUGUGGGAUGUAUCUGAUGUGAAGAGAGAUAUAUCGGAGCAUCUUGGAGUAGUUGGGAGCUCAUUUAGUAGACGAUUGCGUGGUAAGUCCAUGUACCACAUGGCGAGAGGCUGCGACGAGAGUUCCAGACUAGUUGGUGAGCCCGUGCCUUCCAGUUCAGCGCCGAACUUGACCAUCGAAGCGACCGAACCACCAUCUGUAGAAGUUCGACCGUCUGUCUAUGGUUCUAUUGAAAACACUAUGGGUGGUUCAAUAACAUCUGAAAUAGAACCUUUAAUUAAUACAAACGAUAGCAACAACAUAGACCCAAAGGUAUGAACUAUGUUUGUGAUACUGCAAAGGGAUUUAUAUUUACAUAUAAUAUAUAAACAAUAUUCGAUUAAGUUCAUAAUAUAUCCGAAUAAUUUAAAGUAAAUUUGUUGCAUUUGUAAUAGUAAAGAAGUUGUAUUAUUUAUUGUACUUAACCAGAAGGUUGGUGUUGCUAUUCAAUAAUAUAUAUUAUUAAUAGUCUAUGGUACAAUUGUGUUUUGUAAAUAAAAAUACCUGCAUAUAAAUAUUUUCAUCACAAAUAUUUUUACUCAUCACUAAUUAGCCUUAAAUAAUCAGUACAAAAACAAUUUGGUAACAUUAAAGUGCAUUAUAAGCGACAUUUAAGUUUAGAUUUAUUAUAACUUUGUGUAAAUUGCGUAAUAUAAUGGACAAAUUAGCUUGAAUAGACUAAUUUGUAAUGAGGCAUUAUAUUAUUUAUUUUGUAUAUAUUAUGUAUAUAACAUUUUUGUCACUGAUUAUAUCUGAUAUCCUGUGUUUUACAUAAUGAGAUAUUAAUUAUUAGAGUAUGUGAUAAUUGCAGUUAAGUAUCUGGUAAAUGUUGCCAGCUAUAUUACGUGCCACCUCGACAAUCCCAUAUUCUUCCAAUUUGGCCAUUAAAAUGUAUUGUAUUAUUUUUGAUCUUUUUAAUUAAAAAAAAAACAUGGAAUCUAUUUUUUUUUAGUUUAAUUUUUUAAGAAGCGUUCUCUUAUAUUUGAUUUUAUAUGACAAAUAUUCGAGACACGAUUCGGACAACACUGAAAAAUAGUGAAACUAUAUUACUUCCACUUAGAAAAAUAACAUGAGUAUGUAUGAAUAAUAUGAAAGGCACUUAUCGUAAAUAUUAAUCAUGAAAUGUGAUAUUGAUUUAUAAUUAUUGUACUUGUUAAGUUUCG